CCAUAUUCCACCAAAAUGCAGCAAAUCAGAGGAUCGAAUCUCCGCAACGAACAAUGUGAGUUCAAAGAUGCCCCAAUUCGGUGCGAACGAGGGCACUGGUACUGGGAACAAGCCAAGCAGGGCCCCUUCCCCUUGGGGGAACGUCGGAGCCUCUGCCUCAACAAGGCGUCAAGAGUCGUGGGCCAUUUUAUCCGAAUUAGGGUUUCGGGGUUUAUUGUUUUCAGUUUGGUUUGGUUUGGUUGUGGUGGAAUAGAGAUGGCGACAUGGAUUCGAGCUGUGCAGGUGUUAGGGAGGAGGGUGGGAGUGCGGCCCUUGGUUCUGGAGAGCGAGCGGGUCACGGCGAGGAGGUUGAUCUCGAAAUCGGCAAGUAAGGAUGGGGGAUCGGGCGUAGGUGCCGUUGGAGUGAUGCAUCAGGGUUGGUCUUUCUCCGAUCGGAAUGCGUACAGUUCCCUGCUAAUGUCGCCGCUGCCACAGCGAGGUGCGCAGCGGCGGGGUAUGUUUAUACAAGUGGAGUCCACGCCAAACCCUCAAUCGCUCAUGUUUUACCCCGGGAAGCCUGUAAUGGAAGUUGGGAGCUCGGACUUUCCCAAUUCUCGUGCAGCCAUGGCAUCCCCGUUGGCGAAAUCGAUCUUUAUCGUCGACGGUGUGGUCAGAGUCUUCUUUGGUGCUGAUUUCGUGACUGUGACGAAGUCGGAGGACGUGUCGUGGGAUAUUUUGAAGCCGGAGAUAUUUGCCGCCAUUAUGGAUUUCUACGCAACGAAGCAGCCACUUUUUUAUGACACACAGUCGCAAGCUUCGGAUACUGCCAUACACGAGGAUGAUGACGAGACGGUAGCUAUGAUUAAGGAGUUGCUUGAGACUCGGAUUCGCCCCGCUGUGCAAGAUGAUGGAGGCGACAUUGAGUACCGAGGGUUCGAUCCGGAGUCGGGAAUAGUGUCGCUGAAGAUGCAAGGGGCGUGCAGCGGAUGUCCAAGCUCAGCUGUCACUUUGAAAUCUGGCAUUGAGAACAUGUUGAUGCAUUAUGUCUCAGAGGUGAAAGGCGUGCAAGAAGUUCAUGACGAGGAUUCAGACGAAGAAACAAAUGCUGCCGGUUGAGUCGGGUCUCCGAUUUCUUCAGUGUUCUUGGAAAUGUUUAAUGUGAGCAAUGCCCAAGCUCCUAUCACACCACCAAGUAUCGUUCCCGUUUUGAAAGUCUGGUGAAAUAUCUAACUUGGUAGAAAUUAGUCAUAGCUAUCCAUUCAUAGCGGCAUACUUAAACCUCUCAGUCUGUACAGUUACAAUAACUCUAGUACGAGCAAUCUGCCGAAGUUUUGGCAGAGUUGAUUUGGAAUUAGCUGACAGGGUUUUACUUCUCAGUGUAGGAUACAGUUUUGUGUGUAGGCCGAAGAGCUUAUUUAGAGUGAAUCAAUAUUCUAUUGGUUCUACUCUAAAACCGAUUUGCCGAAAAAAAUCAAUGAAUCGGAUAUAGUGUGGUUUGGGAUAAGGAAGACCUACAAUGGAACGUUGAUGAUAUA